GGCGUCGGCGUUGUCGUCGUCGUCGGCGCCGGCGACGACUCCGCGGCCCGGCGGCUCGGGCGAAGCCGCCGUGGGCCUUAUCUUCCGGCGGCCGGCGGAGUUUGUGGUGAUCGUUCCCGCCGCCCGCCCCGGCUGCCAUCUCCUCCUCUUCCUCCUCCUCCUCCUCCUCCUCCUCCUCCUCCUGGGCCGGGCCGGUCCCCUCCCCGCGGCCGCCUCCUCCUGGGCUGGGCCCGCGGCGUCUCGUCCCCUCGCGGAGCCGCCGCCGCCGCCGCCGCCGCCGCCGCUGCUGCCGCCGCCGCCGCCUCCUCCUCCUCAUUCAUCCUCGUGCACCAUAGGCGGCACAGGCACCAAGAUGUCCAACCGAGUGGUCUGCCGGGAAGCCAGCCACGCCGGGAGCUGGUACACCGCCUCAGGACCUCAGCUGAAUGCCCAGCUAGAAGGUUGGCUUUCACAAGUACAGUCUACGAAAAGACCUGCUAGAGCCAUUAUUGCACCCCAUGCAGGAUACACGUACUGUGGCUCUUGUGCUGCCCAUGCUUACAAACAAGUGGAUCCAUCUAUUACCCGGAGAAUUUUCAUCCUUGGGCCUUCCCAUCAUGUGCCCCUGUCUCGAUGUGCACUCUCCAGUGUGGAUAUAUAUAGGACUCCUCUGUAUGACCUGCGUAUUGACCAAAAGAUUUAUGGAGAGCUAUGGAAGACAGGAAUGUUUGAACGCAUGUCUCUGCAGACAGAUGAAGAUGAACACAGUAUUGAAAUGCAUUUGCCUUAUACAGCUAAAGCCAUGGAAAGCCAUAAAGAUGAGUUUACCAUUAUUCCUGUACUGGUUGGAGCUCUGAGUGAGUCAAAAGAACAGGAAUUCGGAAAACUCUUCAGUAAAUAUCUAGCGGAUCCUAGUAAUCUCUUUGUGGUCUCCUCUGAUUUCUGCCACUGGGGUCAAAGGUUCCGUUACAGUUACUAUGAUGAAUCCCAGGGGGAGAUUUAUAGAUCCAUUGAACAUCUAGAUAAAAUGGGUAUGAGUAUUAUAGAACAAUUAGAUCCUGUAUCUUUUAGCAAUUAUUUGAAGAAAUACCAUAAUACUAUAUGUGGAAGACAUCCCAUUGGGGUGUUAUUAAAUGCUAUCACAGAGCUCCAGAAGAAUGGAAUGAAUAUGAGCUUUUCCUUUUUGAAUUAUGCCCAGUCGAGCCAGUGUAGAAGCUGGCAAGAUAGUUCAGUGAGUUAUGCAGCUGGAGCACUCACGGUCCACUGAAGCUCCGACCCUCAGGGACGCCACCUGCACAGACUCAUACUCUGUCCAGGGUCCAGCCUAGCCUUUACCACAAUGUUGGUUCUGGUGUGGGGGGAUUCUGAAACCUCAGACUAACAGAACUCUCUUCUCUUCUUUUCUAGUAGGUGUAGUCCUCCUUAAUUUCAACUCAUUUAAAAAUGCUUUAUAGUUUGGGGCUGUGGAAGAAAGGCUGAAAUCAAAAUAUUUUGAUUAAUAUAAGAUGACAUUGUAAAGGCCCAAUUGGCACACAGUUUUCGAAAAUGACUCGUAAAGCAUUUAGCAUACCCGAAAUUUGCACUCUUUGCAGACUCAUGCACAUAUAUUCCGCUUUCAGAAUAGUUUUGCAAAUUGUACACAGACAAAAAGGGUGGAAGCUUUUUAAUAAAGGAACUUGCAUUUAUAAA